AUGUCCAAAAGCCCUGUGAAUCUUGAUAACGUCUACUCUAACAAUGUGGGUACAUUUCAGAAAAUUGCAAACACAGUUCUUCCCGUGAAUUACCCAGAGAAGUUUUUUCAGGAACAAUUUGACGACAACGUCAAGAACUCUUACUUCACGCAAUUGGCGUACUUCGGCGAAGUCGCUGUUGGCGGAGUUAGAGCCGAGCUCAUCUCUAAUAAGACUGGCGGAGUAAAAGCUACAGGCGUCUAUAUUCAGAUUUUAGCGAUCCUAGAGGCUUACAGAGGAAAAGGCAUCGGGUCCCAACUUUUGAACUAUAUAGAGGAGCAGUGCAAGUCGCACUUUCAGCAUAAAAUAUUUGUGCAUGUUGCUGUCGACAACGAACAGGCAUUGCAAUGGUAUUCAAAGAGAGGUUUCAAAGUGGAAGGCGACGUGCUACAAAAUUACUACAAAGACACCUCAGGAUCUCCUGACGCAUAUGUUUUGGCUAAGCAAACAUGA